GAGCCCCGGGAGGUGGGAGGAGGCGGCGUUUCCGGCCGCGGUCGCUGUCCAGGGAGGCUGAGCUACAGGGAGCUGUCCUGGUGGGGAACCCGCACUACCUUCUUCCCCUUCCUCCUCCUCGGCUUGAGGGUAGAGAAGGUUGGGACUCCGAGCCCAUGGACCGGGAGGAGGCGGAGGCCACCGAGAGCCGGGGCUCCGCUAUGUGGCCCUGAGCCCCGUGCACUGACUCUGCUUGUCUGGAAGGCCAUGGAGAAGAGGCUGGGAGUCAAGCCAAGUCCUGCUUCCUGGAUUUUGUCAGGAUAUUGUUGGCAGACAUCUGAGAAGUGGUUAAGAAACCUGUACCUGCUUUAUACUUUCUUCUGCUUCAGUACUCUGUGGUUGUCAACAGAUGCCAGUACGAGCAGGUGCCACCAGGGGAAGACACAAUUUGGAUUUGGCCUGAAAAUUGGGGCAGAAGAUCACCUCCAGCUUCUUAAAGGAACCCCCACUUUCCAGUCAUGCUGGGCUGCCUGCUGCCAGGACUCUACCUGCCAUGCCCUUUGGUGGUUAGAUGGGCUGUGCCGUCAAGCAGACUGCAGCAUGCCCCAGAGCUGCCAGCUUUUUAGGACAGGCACUCUCAAUUCCAUGGUGGUAUUUUUUAAAAAAGUCCAAACUGCACUUGAUUUGGGCUUUCUACCUGAAGAUGAUGUACCAUAUCUUCUGGGACUAGGUUGGAGCAGGGCACCUUGGAGGAGGCAGAGCACACCGAGAGCUUCACUCAGAUCUGCUGUAUCUCUCAGUGACCAGCAGAGCUUAAUCAGGAAACGUCAGAAGAGAGGUAGUCUCAGUGAAGAAGUAGUUCCACUUGUAGUGACACAGAAUUCUCCAGUGAAUGACUCCAAGGAUCUCAGUGCUCUAAGUACAGGUGGUACUCCAGAGGUUCACAAGACAGUUACAAUUUCCAGUCUCUUAACCACAGACCUCACUGCAGAGAUUCCUGUUUUGCCAAAAAGUUUAUCAGUCCAACCCAGAACAUCAGAGGAUCCUGGUCCUACACCCAGCAUUAACCAAGUAAAAAGUCCUGGGAAAAUCCAAACGGCUAUCCCUCUUCCAGUGGCUCCCUCCUACAGUGAUGCCACCUCCGCUCCCCAGGCCUCUUUCCAAAGCACCUCAGCACCAUACCCAGUUGUAAAGGAACUGGUGGUAUCUGCUGGAAAGAGUGUCCAGAUCACGCUGCCUAAGAAUGAAGUUCAGUUAAAUGCAUAUGUUCUUCAAGAUCCACCAGAAGGAGAAACCUACACCUACGACUGGCAGCUGAUUACUCAUCCUAAAGACUACAGUGGAGAAAUGGAAGGGAAACAUUCCAAGAUCCUGAAACUAUCAAAGCUGACUCCAGGACUGUAUGAAUUCAAAGUGAUUGUAGAUGGUCAGAAUGCCCAUGGGGAAGGCUUUGUGAAUGUGACAGUAAAGCCAGAGCCCCGUAAGAAUCGGCCACCUGUUGCUAUUGUGUCACCUCAGUUCCAGGAGAUCUCCCUGCCAACCACUUCUACAAUCAUUGAUGGCAGCCAAAGCACUGAUGAUGAUAAAAUCGUCCAGUACCAUUGGGAAGAACUUAAAGGUCCUCUGAGAGAAGAGAAAAUUUCUGAAGAUACGGCCAUAUUAAAACUAAGUAAGCUCGUCCCUGGAAACUACACCUUCAGCUUGACUGUAGUAGACUCUGAUGGAGCUAUGAAUUCCACCACUGCGACCCUAACAGUGAACAAAGCUGUGGAUUACCCUCCUGUGGCCAAUGCAGGUCCCAACCAAGUGAUCACUCUGCCUCAAAACUCCAUCUCCCUCUUUGGGAACCAAAGCACCGACGAUCAUGGCAUCACCAGCUAUGAAUGGUCACUCAGCCCGAGCAGCAAAGGAAAGGUGGUGGAGAUGCAGGGUGUUAGAACACCAACCCUGCAGCUCUCUGCAAUGCAAGAAGGAGACUAUACCUACCAACUCACAGUGACAGACACAAUUGGACAGCAGGCCACUGCUCAGGUGACUGUUAUCGUGCAGCCUGAGAACAACAAGCCUCCUCAGGCAGACGCAGGCCCAGACAAAGAACUGACCCUACCUGUGGACAGCACAACCCUGGAUGGGAGCAAGAGUUCAGAUGACCAGAAAAUCGUCUCCUACCUUUGGGAAAAAACCCAGGGACCUGAUGGGGUACAGCUGGAGAAUGCUAACAGCAGUGUUGCCACUGUGACUGGGCUGCAAGUGGGGACCUAUGUGUUCACCUUGACUGUCAAAGAUGAGAGGGACCUGCAAAGCCAGAGCUCUGUGAAUGUCAUUGUCAAAGAAGAAAUGAACAAACCACCUAUAGCCAAGAUAACUGGGAAUGUGGUGAUUACCCUGCCCACAAACACAGCAGAGCUGGAUGGAUCCAAGUCCUCAGAUGACAAAGGAAUAGUCAGCUACCUCUGGACUCGAGAUGAGGGGAGUCCAGCAGCAGGGGAGGUGUUAAACCACUCUGACCAUCAUCCUGUCCUCUUUCUUUCCAACCUGGUGGAGGGAACCUACACAUUUCAUCUGAAAGUGACGGAUGCAAAGGGUGAGAGUGACACAGACCGGACCACUGUGGAGGUGAAACCUGAUCCCAGGAAAAACAACCUGGUGGAGAUCAUCUUGGAUGUCAACGUCAGUCAGCUGACUGAGAGGCUGAAGGGGAUGUUCAUCCGCCAGAUUGGGGUCCUCCUGGGGGUGCUGGAUUCCGACAUCAUUGUGCAAAAGAUUCAGCCGUACACGGAGCAAAGCACCAAGAUGGUAUUUUUUGUUCAAAAUGAGCCUCCCCACCAGAUCUUCAAAGGCCAUGAGGUGGCAGUGAUGCUCAAGAGUGAGCUGCAGAAGCAGAAGGCAGACUUCCUGAUAUUUGGAGCCUUGGAAAUCAAUACUGUCACUUGUCAGUUGAACUGUUCUGACCAUGGCCACUGUGAUUCAUUCACCAAGCGCUGUAUCUGUGACCCUUUUUGGAUGGAGAAUUUUAUCAAGGUGCAGCUGAGGGAUGGAGACAGCAACUGUGAGUGGAGUGUGCUGUAUGUUAUCAUUGCUACCUUUGUCAUUGUUGUUGCCUUGGGAAUCCUGUCUUGGACUGCAGUCUGUUGUUGCAAGAGGCAAAAAGGAAAACCCAAGAGGAAAAGCAGGUACAAGAUCCUAGAUGCCACAGAUCAGGAAAGCCUGGAGCUGAAGCCAGCCUCCCGAGCAGGCUUCAAACAGAAAGGUCCCAUGCUGAGCAGCAGCCUGAUGCACUCUGAGUCGGAGUUGGACAGUGAUGACGCCAUCUUCACAUGGCCAGACCGGGAAAAGGGCAAACUCCUACAUGGUCAGAACGGCUCUGUGCCCAAUGGGCAGACCCCACUGAAGGCCAGGAGCCCACGGGAGGAGAUCUUGUAGCCACCUGGUCUGUCUCUCAGGGUAGGAGUUGGCAGUGCUAGGAACCAGAGCACUGCCAGGCUGGUUCCCUACCUCCCAAGUCUGCAGGGGCUGUUCUCCCAGCAUCUGCUGGUCACUCCACCCCAAUACUCCCACCCAGAACUGCUGGUACUUGAAUCCACAGACACUCCAAGAACCCCUGAACAAAGCUGUGAAUGAAGAGGUUUCCUCUUUAAACCUAUCUGGUGGGCCCCCUCAAAUAUCCUCACCUCAGGGCCUCCUUUUUUGCACGCCCCCUUCUUCCCAGCCCAAAGGCAGACAGCCAGCUCCUGGCCUCUGCUGAGCUGUGCUGUGGGGCCUCGAGUGCACCCAGCCUGCUGUGCCUCCCUUGCACCUGGCACAGAACUAAGUACCAUCAGUCUCCUGGCCCCAGGGGCCUGGCCAAGGACAUGCUCUUGUCUCUUUGGGAGGAGGGUGUGUCCCUCUGCUAGGCCAAGAGGAAGUGGCAUCACAGCCCACACUGACACUACAGUGAUAAUGCAGGAAUGCCGCCUGGUCCUUCAGCACUGGAGCCCACUUUGGGACUGGUUCAGGGAUGCUAGGGGCCUUUCUGGCUGUUGUGGAUGAUGUGUCAGAACAGCCAGGCUGUAUGCAGAUAGUCUCCCUUCCUCUUCCUCUGACCAGCACCUGCUGCUUCAGGAAGUGCCACUUAGGCCACUACUCCAUGUCCCCAGAGGAGACAGCCACAGAUAAGACGAAAUGUGGCAUGAGAGUGCAUGUAUGUGACUGCCCCACUGUGAUCCCCUCCGUCUCUGUCUUUUCUCUGUGUCCCUUGCACGUGUGUGUUGGGUGAGCGUGUGUGCAUCAGUUCCUCAUAGGGCUCUUGACUGCUCAAGGCAGCUUUGCCAUAGAGACACUCUGGCUCCAUGGAAAACUUCAGAAUCCCUCUGGCCCUGUCACUAGCUUCUUAGCCAUGGUGGCUGGGAUUGAGGAAUGGGAACUUUGGGGGAGUGACUUUUUAAAAAGACUUACAAUUUCUACUACUGCACUACAGUUGUGAAACAAUUAAACAUGCUAUUUAAUUGUGCGUCCGCCUGUGGGUGUGCUUCGUCACAUCUCUGACCUGUGUCACAGUAUCCACCAUGGAUGCAGACCUGCCAGGUCAUUGCCUCUGACAGACAAUCUUGGGUGUGCUGCCAGUACAUGCUAGCGGUUCUGGGCUGCUGCCUGAUCUGGUGGGUGGGCUUAUACCCACCUAGCCAACCACUGCUGUCCUUUAGCUUUAAGGGGAAUUUUUGUCCUUUUCAUACCUUUUGUUAGCACAAAAUGACUUAUGGCUCCUGUGGCCAAGGCAGGGGACAUAGUGUCCUAAGAUACAGGGUAUGCCCUUCAGAAUUUCUGGCCAAUGUUCUUCCCUUUUGGGUCCCAGCUGGGGUUGGCCAUGCCCCAAAUGUGUUCAUGGAUCACUUUGGUGGGAUGUGUAGCAUGAGAGACAAGGGCCACUGAGCUUAUGCUCUGCCCCUCCCUGUGCACAAAACCCAGCAGUAGCUGUUUGUCCCUGGACAGAUAUAGAAGCGCAGAAAAAGUGAGGUGAAGUGACACAGUCCAUGCAGAUGGAGCCCAGCAGAGCCCCUGCUCACUGUCAGUGCUUUUUGAACAUUAGUGUGGGGGUUU